AUGGCAGUUCGUUACUUGUUUGGAAAGAAGGAUGCAAAGCCAAGGCUUAUUCGUUGGGUGCUGCUGCUUCAAGAGUUCGACAUCGAGAUUUUAGAUCGAAAGGGCACAGAAAAUCAGGUGGCAGAUCACUUAUCGAGGUUAGAAGAUCGGGAACAUGUGGAUGAAGCAGUGGGGAUUAAUGAGACUAUCCCAGACGAACAGCUUUUCGCUCUUAAAUCAGCCGAGGUGCUAUGGUAUGCAGACAUGGUAAACUUUAUAGUGAGUGAGAUUUACCCUCCUGGUGCGAAUCACGAGAAGAAGAAGCGGAUUCUGCAUGACAGUCGUUACUAUGUGUGGGAUGAGCCCUAUCUUUACCGGGUUGGCACAGAUCAGUUAAUCAGAAGAUGUGUUCCAGAGGAAGAGGUCCCAGCAAUUUUUGAGAAGUGUCAUUCAUCACCCUAUGGAGGACAUCAUGCUGGGGACAGAACAGCAGCCAAGGUACUUCAGUCCGGAUUCUACUGGCCAACUCUGUUCAAAGACGCUCAUGAAUUUGUGUGGGCCUGUGAUAGCUACCAGAGAACCGGAAAUAUUUCCAAGCGUCAUGAAAUGCCUUUGAAGGGCAUCUUGGAAAUCGAGUUGUUUGAUGUAUGGGGUAUUGACUUUAUGGGUCCCUUUAUACCAUCCAAGGGAAAUAAAUACAUAUUGGUGGUUGUAGACUAUGUUUCGAAGCUGAAGAUUUUCGGUGCAAAGCUAAAGAGCAAAUGGUCCAGACCAUUCGAGGUAGUUCGCGUGACUGCACAUGGUGCUGUCGAGCUUAAAAGACCCCACUCGGAUGAGACAUUCUUGGUGAACGGACAGAGAGUGAAGCAUUACUACGGGGAGGCCACUGACCGCGCUAAUACCACCAUCGAUCUAGAAGAGGCUUGA